AUGGCUGCUAUGAUCCAGGCCUAUCCUCAGCAAACCUCGACAGCUACUAUGCUCCAGACCCGUCCAGCCUCUGCCGCCGCGAUGCUACCAGGCAACCAGAACCGUCAGGGCAACCAGUAUGGCCACACGUCUCGAGCCUCCUCAUAUGGCAACAUUCCUACAGGCUACCGAGGCAGCUCUGGUCCCGCCCAACCCCGAAGCUUCAACCAGCUGAAUCAUAAUAUGCAAUGGCAGCAGUACGCAGCGUACCGUGCCAACUCGUCAUCCGCAGUCCCCACGACAAGCUCAUACGCCCCAACGGGCCAGUACCUAGGUCACGCCAAUAAUGCCCCGGGUUACAACUUCAACUUCACGGUCCCCAACAACGUCACCCGGGACGAUUCUGCCAUAUCACGAAACCUCGUGGCUCAACAGUCACCAUAUUAUAAUGCUGCUGCUGCCAACGGCAAGACUGCUCCGGACAGGUACCGGAGAGCGAUCCCCCAGCCUCUACACAAUCGCUCCCAGAGUACCAACCUUCCUGCUACGAAUGGCAUGUACCAGCUUCAGAAUGGUUCGACGUCUGUACCCAACUUGUCCAAUAGCGUUAGCAAUCCCGCUCAGCUCUCGGCUGAGGAGUUGUAUAACCGUGCCGCCCAGGAUGAGGCCAUGAGAGUGCGUCGCCGCAGUAUCCAAUCCUUGGAAACGCAGGGACCUCUCCCCGUUAUCAGACCAUCCUCGGCUGGAAGACCGUCAUCUGCUGGCCGGCCAUCUUCUGCUGGACGACGUGGAGACCACAGCACCAACUCCGCUACGCUUGCACCCGCCGCUGUCGUGCACACGCGGAAAGGAAGUUCGGAUAGUGUCUCAUCCAACCGCAGCACUAGCUCGCGACCAUCCUCCUCCAACCGCACCACUCCUCCCCCCACUGGCACCCCCUCUUUCCCUGCAGACAAUGCCUCCAAGACUGAGCAGUCGAAGCAGCUCAAUGUUCCUCCCCGUGUAGCCUCUGGCGACGCAAUCAAGCGUACACACAGCCCCUCGCCCUUGUCCAAGCCCGCCACCAUGCCUGUUGAGCCUGCCGAGUCCCGUCCAGCCACUGCAUCUGGCCCUCCCGGCCCCAAGCUGGACAGCCCGGCAGCGAAGCAUCUUGCGGCUAUCAACCAAAAGGGCACCAAAGCUACGAGCAAGACGUCCAGACUUCGCCGUGCCUUUUCUUUUGGUAGCGCUGCUGAGCUUCGCAAGGUUGCCGAAGAGGAACCUUCUACCCCACCAUCGCCAACCAAGCUGCACAAGGAGCCCUCAGCUGAGCAAGUCUACGAUGCCGAGCAGGCUCGCAUUGCAGAGGCACAGGAGGCUAGCGGACUGGGAAACAGCAUCUACGGCUCGCGCUUCUUCGGGUCUACCGACAAUCUGUCCAUCUCUUCCACUGCCUCGUCGGCUUCUGUCAUGAUUCGCAAGAUGGGCCGUGGCAUGAAGAAGAGUACUCGAUCCCUGGUUGGCUUGUUCCGUCCCAAGUCAGUCAUCGGUGUCCCGGCCGCCGAGGCCGCCGUUCCCGAGAUCAGCCAGGCUGCCGUCUCCAUGAUUACCGUUGAAGCCGAGACGCAGCGUGUCAAUGUUACUGCGGACCCCACUGCUUCCAACGGUGUCACUGGCUUCCCUCACCUAGAGCGAAACUCUAUGGACGCUGCCCAUGUCCCGGAAAUGGUUACCGAACAAGUGGGAAGCCCAGGCAAUGACCAGCCCGGACCAAGACGCAGCAUCGUUGGUGGUGACAAGGAGCGUGCUGAAGUGUUGGCUGCCGUGCGUAAGGGCAUUCUCAAGCGACCUGGCUCUUCCAGCCCAUCGACGAGAUCGAAUGACUUGGUGUCCCCAGAACUUAUACUGCCCAACGUCCCUGCUAUUAGCGACUCGCCCAACUCUAGCGCACCAAGCACGCCCAACGAUGAGGGCCACGGUCAUAGAAGGACUGGGUCUAUUGCUCUUGGUAACGAAGAUUACUUUAUGAACGCCCUCCGUUUGCGUUCUGAUAGCAAAAGCGCCCCGGGAACACCCUCUGCUGGCAAGAGAUCUGCCACAUUCUCCCCUCGCCUCAUUUUCCACGACACCUGGCCUCCUCAGGAAUACGAUCGCCGAGGCGAGAUUGCUACGUGCAACCGUCUCACGCCCAUGCUGGCCCAGCAGAUCAAAGAGGAACUCAACAGCUUCAAAAUGGAGAUGGAAGUCCACGAGAACUCCAAGAUUUACACCCACUUCUUCUAA